ACCCUGAUGGUGCAGGGAUAUGCAAGUUCGGAGUAUGGGUUUCUCCCACAUUGACGUCGGGUAGACCGUUCCUGACCCUGUCUAGCUAUUAUUUCAACACCUGUGUCAUUGGAACAUGGACGGAGAACACACUAGGGUCGGAGGGUACUCUUUGGCGUAUCAAGGAAGUCAGCCUCGAUCUUGGCAUGCUAUGCGGCAUGGUCGAAGGCACCGCACAUGCGCUGGCAUCUCUCGAUCGCUCAUUUGCCGCAAUAUUCACUGGCGACAAUCCUUCGCUCACAUUUUCCUUCCGGAUCAGGAUUGGUCCGAUAUUAUUCAAAAGAAUCACGAAGGUCGUCCCUAAUCCCCUGCGAUUGCUUGAAGAGAAGGGAAGGCUAAUUCUGGAGUUUGAUGAGCUCGAGGACUUGAGGUGCCUGGAGCUACUGGAGGAUAGCGAAAAAUCGGAUGUCACUGGAGACACGCCGGACUCUGAACACCAGCCAGAGAACGAUGAAGAGCCGGAUACCACUCCACAGUAGCGUUGUGGACCUUCCCUGCGCGUCUUGACCACGUCACCAUCUAUUAUCUGCUUCGCACAUUGCAAUCCCCGCCCAAAAUUCUCUCACCGACAUGCAUGUCCUGUCCCUCGCAUCGAUCUCUGUUCCCUCUCCCCGGUAACAUUCCAACAGUACCUCCGAGACAGCCGCGUACGGCAUUAAUCGGCGAACGCGACGUCUCCACUUCGUCCUCGCAGUCGCCUCCAGUUUCCGUGUCCACCUCAUUGUGUCCGCGCGGUCGCAGUCGGCGCACGGCGACAUGCACCACGACAUCUACCGCCGCCGGGUCGCCCGCAUUCCUCACGCUCGCGACGUCCCGAGCUGUUGAUCCCUCCUCUGUCUGCGUAUGGCGCGCCAGAGCUCCCGAUUUCGCGUCGCCCCGCAGAAGCGCACAACGCACACGGCGCGCCCCUCGCGCCGCCGAAGUCGGCUGCUUCGAACAUUGGCCUUGCGUCGGCGCAUGCGCGAGGCGCCCUGGAGGAACCUAAUCGAGCUGACCGCGCGGAAGGAAUCUAGAGAUGGAGAGGGACGGGUGGCGG